AUGAAACCGACCGGGUCCGUACCGCCACGAGAAAGCGUUCGGGAUUCCAUUGACUGCCGUCGGCGCCGAAAGCGAUACCGGUCCUACACUCCCACUACAAGUGAACUGACACUUCCGGAAAGCGUGCGCGGCAAGACGAAUCUUCUAUUACAGCGCUUCAUGUGGGCAGAACCGUCGCCCCCUGCCGACAUGCUGAAAGCGUGGAGCUCGCCGCGCCCCUUUGCACUUAAACACAAUGCAGAUCCUGAGACGCGCAUUCACAUGACAGAACCGAAGACCCUGGAGCCGCUGCGAGGCUCCUACUAUGCGUUACUGGCAUUAGGCUGUCCCGUUCCUACCAAAGCUGACCGUCUCUCGCCUCGUCGUAGCUGUUACGCCACCCAGGGUGUGCACUGCGGGAGCGGACGAGGCUCGCGAACAGGAAACGACAACGCCGUGAGCUGCCUCGCCGGUGUUCCUUACAGCUUCGGAGGGGCACGGAGAUUCUCGCCCCUGUCAGACGUGUACGUGAAUCAGCUGACGCAGGUGCACGACACCUCUUACCGACGCCAUGAAGUAGCGUCAGUCCAUGUGCGAGAGCAAGAGCCAGCUGACUGCUACCGCCACCCAGAAAGCGCUACAACCACCAACGUGAGAUCCUGCAACGGCAGGCGCUCAAGCCUGCUCUCGCACAGACCUAGACGGCUGCAGAGGCUGCGGACGGAGUAG